GGCGGCUAUAAUGCGGGCAAAUAUUUUAAAGGAGGUCUCGGACCGGGAGGUCUACUGUUGGCAACGUUGCCGCUAAUACUGGCACCGAUGCUCUCCUACUUAUUCACACCAAUGGUUAUACCAAUUACGGCAACGGUGGCCGCCGGACGGCGCCGACGACGAGACGCCCCAAUGGAUGCCACACUGGAGGCGAUGAUGAGCGACACGAAUAUGAAUUCAUUGGACCAAAAACUACUAAAAGACGCUUCAUUUGACACACAAUCCUCCACUUCUUCUUCUCCAUUGACUUCACAGCCAAAUGAGUCAAACCGUCCGAACAGCCAAUGGCUUCACUCAUCCGAUCGUUUCAAUGAUACCAAGUUUAAAGAGGCGCAGAAUAUUGUAUGA